AUGUUAGUUAUGAGAAUUCUGCGCGAAGCUUUAUGGGUGGUUCGGAAUUUCGACGACCAGUUGCUACCUAUGGUUCAUCAGAACUGGGAAGCGCUAAUAAAUAGAUUUCGCGAUGAAGAGUUGGAGGUCCGACAGGAAGCUGUUAAG